AUGGGGAGGGCUUCUGUUACGGGAGAGGGAGAUUACUUAGCCGGAAUUGCCCAGCUCUGGCUUAACGAAUACGCUAUUAGUUUAUCAGAUUCACGUUAUGACUCGUCAAAUUCUGCUUCAUUUAAACCAUUAUUAUCUCGUUCUUAUUCAAAUUUAAAUUCUCAUAGUUUUCAAGAACAAUCGUUGCCUCACACUUAUACACCAACGAUUUCACAUUCUUCAUCUUCUCGUCGUGUACGUUUUAAACUUGAUAAUGAUAUUUUUAAUAAUACGGAUUCAUAUACGAAUAAUCUCUAUGCGGAAGCUACACAACGUCAAACUCGUUCGACCGACGAUGUACGUUCAGCAUUAAAUCAAUUAUCAUCAGGUUAUUCGUACAAUAAUCAAAAUAGAAAUAAUAAACUAUCAAUGAUAUCGUCGUCACCAAAAUCUAUCACCAACUAUCAUCGUAGUGAAUAUAUAAUACCAAUUCAGAAAGAUGUUGAUACAUCUCAUAUCAAUGAGAAGACAUCAUCAACAAAACUUGCUUCACGUUCGCUUACAACGCAGAAAAUUGAUGUAAGCCGACUUCAAGGCAUUGCUCCAGUCAUUGAAGCAGAACUGAAUUAUGCUCAGAGCAGGCCGAUUGAUGAUAAAAGUCAGACACAGUGGUAUCGUCAUAUGUAUAAUCAUCUUCAUAAGCCAGAUAUCAAACCAGACGAACAAAAUAAUUACAAACCAACAUAUAAAUUUCCAGAGCAAUUUGAUGGUAAUAUUGAGCAAAUGGAAGAAUAUAUAAGGAAAGCAGCUGUUGGACAAUCAAAUUUAAUCGACGAUAGAUGGAAACACUCAAGCCAAAUUAGUAUGAAUAGCAGAGAAAAUCGUAAUAAUUUAUUACAAAAAAAUCAAUUACAUGCGAUAAAAAAUAUUCCAUAUCAUUCGAAUUCAAAUAUCAAUGAAUAUCAUAUGAGAAAACCGACUAUAAUAGACGAUUAUCUGGUGGAUUCAUCACUAUACAAUAACAAUUCCACAAAACCGGUAAUGAUAGUAAUAUGGCGACAUCAUUCACCAUCUUUAAGCGCCUAA